UUCGUCGACCAACAACCACUUAUUGUCCCCAACCUGCUGUUGGCCUUCUGCAUGGGAACUGGCGAGCAUGGACCAAAGCCAUCGUACUCCUUUUCGACAACCUGCCGGUUGAAGGGGCAGACGCCAGCCCUACUUGCCGCUUGUCUGGGAUCUAUCCAAGUUGGAAGUUUGGGAGCUGACUCGGAAACCUAUUUCCCUUAGAGCGUCUUCAUUUGCCAGACAUGUUGGAUGAGUCAGUCGAGCACGGCUUUAACGAAAAAAAGAAAGGAAAGGAAGGGCAAAGAAAGCAGAAAAAAAC